UGUGUCGUGAAGUGCCGUAAAGGUUAUGAUGCGGAUUUCUUUUCGACACGGGACCUCAACCAAACCGUCUAGGAGAAGUCGUGCAUCCUUGACUGAAAACUAAACCGUACAUCAGUAAAGGCAAUGGCAAAAUUCCAUGCACCUGUGAUCCAGGACAACCCAUCAGGAUGGGGUCCUUGUGCUGUUCCUGAAAAGUUUAAAGACAUGCCCUAUCAGCCUUUCAGUAAGGGAGACCGACUGGGAAAGGUGGCUGACUGGACUGGAGCAACAUACCAGGAUAAGAGAUACACAAAUAAAUACUCCUCUCAGUUUGGAGGAGGCAGUCAGUAUGCUUACUUCCAUGAGGAGGAUGAGACCAGCUUCCAGCUGGUAGAUACUGCCAAGACUCAGAAGACUGCCUAUCAGAGGAACCGUAUGCGAUUUGCUCAGAGAAAUCUUCGGAGAGACAAAGACCGCAGGACCCUCACUCAGUUCAAUAUGCAGACCUUACCUAAGAGCGCCAAGCAAAAAGAAAGGGAUCGCAUGCGCCUGCAGAAAAAGUUCCAGAAGCAAUUUGGGGUGCGGCAAAAGUGGGAUCAGAAGUCGCAGGCCCAGCUUAAGCCCAGGGACUCCUCAGUGGAGGUGCGCAGUGACUGGGAGGUGAAAGAGGAGAUGGAUUUCCCCAGGCUCAUGAAGAUGAGAUACAUGGAUGUGGCUGACCCAAGCGACAUUGAGUGUUGUGGAGCUCUUGAGUACUAUGACAAGGCUUUUGAUCGCAUCACCACUCGCAAUGAGAAACCUCUUAAGAGUAUCAAAAGGAUCUUCCACACGGUUACUACCACCGAUGACCCUGUGAUCCGCAAGCUGGCUAAGACCCAGGGCAAUGUGUUUGCCACUGAUGCCAUUCUGGCAACUCUGAUGUGCUGUACACGCUCCGUCAACUCCUGGGAUAUUAUCGUUCAGCGUGUGGGCAAUAAGCUCUUUUUUGACAAGAGAGACAACUCUGAUUUUGACCUGCUUACCGUGAGUGAGACUGCAAACGAGCCACCUCAGGAUGAGGGCAGCUCCUUCAAUUCCCCCCGAAACCUGGCUAUGGAGGCCACCUACAUUAACCACAACUUCAGUCAGCAGUGUCUCAGAAUUGGUGGAGAGAGGCACAAGUUCCCCAAUCCUAACCCAUUUGUGGAGGAGGACAUGGACAAGAGUGAAGUAGCUUCUGUUGCCUACAGGUAUCGGAGGUGGAAGCUUGGGGAAGAUAUUGACCUCAUUGUUCGCUGCGAGCAUGAUGGAGUGAUGACUGGAGCAAACGGAGAAGUGUCUUUCAUCAACGUGAAGACCCUGAAUGAGUGGGACUCCCGGUAUUGCAAUGGAGUUGACUGGCGACAGAAACUAGACUCCCAGAGGGGAGCAGUUCUGGCCACAGAGCUGAAGAACAACAGCUACAAACUGGCCCGUUGGACCUGCUGUGCUAUUCUUGCAGGAUCAGAGUACCUCAAAUUAGGGUACGUCUCCCGUUAUCAUGUCAAGGACUCAUCUAGGCAUGUAGUUCUGGGCACACAGCAGUUCAAGCCCAACGAGUUUGCCAGCCAAAUUAACCUGAGCAUGGAGAACGCCUGGGGCAUCCUGCGCUGUGUGAUCGACAUCUGUCGCAAGCUAGAGGAGGGAAAGUACCUCAUCCUUAAAGACCCAAAUAAGCAAGUAAUUAGGGUGUACAGCCUACCUGAUGGAACCUUCAGCUCGGAUGAAGACGAAGAGGAGGAUGAUGAGGAUGAGGAAGAAGAUGAAGAGGAUGAAGACAGUUAAGAGAUCAUUAACUACUACAGCUGGUGGCUUUAUGUGUUUUAACGCUGUCAGGGCUGAAUAAAGAUUGAUUACCCAUGCACAGUAGUAAUGUCUGUUUAAUCAUUAUAAACUCUGUUCUCUAGCUUGGAAACUAUACAAAUUACCUUUUCUUUUUGACUGUUCUGACAUUGAGGGAUGUAACUCUGGCUUAAAUUAUUUGGCAGUAGGGCUGGCAGCGGGGCUAAGAAACUUUUAAAGAUAUUAUUUUAGGAGGGGGGAAUUCUAAAAGACAUCUGAUUUUUAUCAUCUGGCCUUAUUUCCAUUUUUUGUUUCUGAUUUUGGACACUUUUUCUCAACCUUGCCAUGGACAUAAUGGAAGUGGUUUGAAAAUGAUUAUAUACAAUAUGUGUUGCAUAAUAAACAUCUUCCUUCUGCUCAU